AUGGAAGAUCGAACUUAUUACUGACUGUUAAACCUCCUCUCAUCAAAAUCAAACUCACUAAAUCUACUAGAGACUUAUGUUAUUUGUGAUCAAAGACCUUCUUUCUUUUACGCAAAAACAAAAGGGAGAACGAUUUCAAAAAUCCAAGAAAGUUCGAAUUUGCAUGAUCUUCUGUGCGAGAUAUAUAAAAAUCAUGCAUGAAAGCAAAAAAUUAAAGAUUCGGGAUCACUGGUAUGUUAUUUUUUAUAUCAGAAAGAUAGAAAAAGGAUUUUUGAAGCAGAUCUAAAAGAAACAAUUUCAGCACCUUGAAUUCCUAUACCUCUGCUUAUAAAUAGCAUUAUUAAUCAUCCAGUCAUAAUCUAUAAAACUAUUUCAGUUUAUUAAAUAAUCACACCUAAAGGCAUAAUUUAAAUUAUAUUCAAAUAGCAAGGCCAAAUGCUGAAAUUUACGAAAUUAUUUACAAUUUACGAAUGGAAUACACAACGAAAGGCUAUGUUACUAAUCUAUCACGGGUUAUUGAAAAUGAAAUCACUUCAGCUGACUGUUCUCAAAUUUAUGAUCAAGCCUGCGAUGCUGCUUUAACAUUAAUGAUACUAAUAGAAGAAUCAGAAACCAAACGCGUCAUGAUUCUUGACGUUGAUUUUAUUGAGGAUAUUGAAAAAAGCAUAUGAAUUUCUUUUACUAGAGAAAUAAAAAUAGCAGAACCGGAAUUAUGCCUACAAGUAAAAAUUGAACAGCCAUCUGAUUUAAAUGAUAUCAAAGUUACUAGCUAUGCUGAAGAAAAACUGACAAAAUUGGUAAACGGAGAAGCAAUCACCAAAAAACCUACAAAAAUUUCUAAAAAAAUAAAAGACUUGAAAUAUACUGUACAAAGAGGACAUAUAAGAAAUAAAGCGAGCAUUUUAAGCAGCCCUAUCAAAAUUCUGAGAUCUGGAGAGCUAAAACUUGGAGAAUCUCAUAGUGAUAAAGAGCUAGUAGAAACCAAUGAGCCUGAACCUUUCCAUAAAUCUUUUAAUUCCAUGAGCCCCACAUGCAAAGAAGUGAAUAGUUUAGAUCUUGGCUUUGAGGGAAAGAAAAAAGAAGCGCUGUAUAAAGAAAUCCAAAAAUGCCCGGAAAUGAGAUCUAUGCUGAGGAGAGCUGGAUAUAUAGAUGUGCUGCAAGAUAUUAGCAAAUAUUCACUAAAGAACGCUUUGAGGAGUCCUCAGAGAGAGGUAAGUGAGGAUAAAAUUGAAACGAAGAGCAAAAGAAAGUUUGACUCUUGCUCGAGGAAAAAUAGAUUAAAAUGCCCUUUACCUCCAAGCGGAUCUAAAACAGCAAGAAGUCAUGACAUUAGUAGCUUGAGUUCAGAGCUGCAGAGUCCUGGCAUAGCUAACUUAAGCAAAACUUUCAAUUUCAAGUCAUCUAAAAAUCUGUUUAGAAUAAAGUCGAAGGUCAAUAAGAAAAAGUUUAAAUACGUAAGUAGCCCAGGAAGUGCAAACUAUACACCCAGGACAAACUCAGAAGUCGAAGAAGAAUUAAAAUCGCAUUCUUAUCUUACUAAUACUGUAAAUAUAAGCCCAGAAAAAUCAAGAGAUAAUACUUUUAAUUAA